AUGUAAUAUAAUAGAUUAGGAAACACAGGAUUGCUUGUAUCUUGUUUGGGGUUUGGGAACAUGAUUAACUUUUAGCCAGAGGACGAAGAAGUGAAUAUUGCAAUAAUCAAAAGAGCAUUUGAGGCUGGAAUCAACUUUUUUGAUACUGCAGAAUUUUAUCAACAUGGGGAAGCAGAGAAGUAAUUAGGUAGAUCAAUAAAGAAACUUAAUUUACCACGGGAGAGACUGGUGAUCACAACAAAGGUGUUCAUUAAUCAGACACCAGGAGGAUUGAAUGUUAAUAGAAUGUGCACUUUGAGCAGGAAACAUAUUAUUGAGGCAGUGAAUACAAGUUUACAAAAUUUGUAAUUGGAUUAUGUGGAUGUUGUUUUUGCACAUUAAUUUGAUACAGACACACCAACAGAUGAGAUUGUUAGGGGAUUUAAUUAAUUGAUAGAAGAUGGGAAGGCUUUCUAUUGGGCGACGAGCAAUUGGAAUUCAGCAUAGAUUUAGGAAGCAAUUAAUUAUGCUGAUUUACAUGGACUUAUUAGACCAAUAGCAGAAUAAGGAGAAUAUCAUAUGUUACAGAGGAGUUAGUUUGAAUUUGAUUUGGUAGGUUUGUAUGAGAAAUACAAUUAUGGUACAACCAUUUACAGUCCUCUGUGUGGUGGAUUCUUGACAGGGAAAUACUUGGAUGGAAUACCAGAGGAUAGUAGAUGUGCUAAGGAUAAUGGAUGGAUGACUAAGGAGAGAGCUCAGAAUAGAUGGUUAUUGAAAUACAUCAAGAAUCCUAAGAAUGUGGAAGGAGUCAAGAAGAUAGUGGAGUUGGCAAAAGAGUUGAAUGUGACACCAGCCCAAUUGGUGCUGGCUUGGACGAUGAGAAAUAAGGACAUUAAUGUGGCCAUAACAGGUGCACGAACAGUGGCACAAUUGGAGGAAUCUUUGGGGAGUGUUGAAUUGUUAAAGAGAUUUGACGAGAAAUUGGAUGAGAGAUUGGAGAUGAUUUUUGAGAACACUCCUAAACAAGACUUGAAUUACAGAACUUUUUAAUAAAAUAGAAGGAGGAGAUGA